AUGAGCAUUGUCACAUUGAUGAAAGAUACAAGUUUACUCAAUGACCAAGCUUGCGACUCAUGCCGUCUCAAGAAGUUAAAAUGUUCCAAAGAGAAACCAAAAUGUGCCAAAUGUCUAAAAAAUAUCUGGGAAUGCUGCUAUUCUCCAAGGGCUAAAAGAUCUCCAUUAACAAGGAAUCAUUUAACUAAAGUAGAGAAUAGAUUGAGUAUUCUAGAGUUGUUGUUUAGGGAAAUAUUUCCUCAAACUGAUAUUGAAAAAAUUUUAAAGUUAGAUUCAAUAUCUAAAAUGAGUGAUCUAUUGAAACGAUCAGUAAGAAUCCAGUUACUGAAGGAGCUACAAUCUACUAACCCAACAGCCCUAUUGCAUAAUACUUCAUCCCCAAUAUUAAAGACUAAUUUAUUGGAGACGAUAACUAAUUAUGAGAUUAUUAAUGAAAUCUCACCACAAUCAUCUCAUCACUCAACCCCUUCACCUUCUUUUUCAUCUUCCUCAAGCCGACAUAUAACUUUACAACACAUGCAGCCUUCAAUUACCAAAUCUGCACGACCUGGGUCAGUAUCAAAAACAAAAAUAAAAUUAGAAAAAAUUAUCAAGGAUAAGUAUUCAAUACCACAAUCAUCAUUACCCAAUGAUGCGUUUUUAGGGUUUGAUUGGUCAGAAGAAGAAGAUUUAUCGACUAAAGAAGAUGGGAUGGGAUUUUUGAAUGUUGAUCCAAACAAUAGGGGAUACUAUGGUGCUUUCUCCAUAAGUAAUCUCUUAAAGAGAUUUGGUCUGAUAAAUGAUAUUUUCACCACGGAGAUCGUAAGGAAUUCAAAUGUUAUAACUGAUCCGUAUUCAUUAAGUUCAAGAAAUGUUACUGCCGGAUAUAUGGAUUCAUUUUUCAAAAAUUUCCAUCCAUAUUUCCCUGUAAUUCAUAAACAAACUAUGUAUAAGAUUUAUAACAAUGAACUAGAAUCUAAUUCGAAAUAUCAAUGGCAAUUAUUAUUCAAUACAGUUUUAGCUAUUGGUGCAUAUUGUACUAAUGGUACAUUAUCCGACGUGGAUUGGUUUUAUUAUCAAAAUGCAAAGUCUCAUUUAACAAAAAAAAUAUUUGAAUCUGCAUCAUUAUCCCUUGUUAUAUCAUUAUAUUUACUUUCUCAUUACACAUCAUGGAGAAAUAAACCAAAUACUGCAUACCUAUAUCAUGGUCAUUCAAUGAGAAUGGCAAUAAGUUUAGGCCUUUAUAAAGAUCUACCUUCUAACAUCAAGGAUCCAGUAAUUAGAGAGCAAAGACGAAGAAUUUGGUCUUGUUUAUAUUCAAGGGAAUUUGAGUUUUCUUUAAUUUAUGAUAGGCCAAUACAAUUUGUCGGCUAUUCUUCUACUUUUAGUUCUAAGAAUAACGAAAUUUCCAUAGCUAUCCCUUCAUCAAUGGAUGAUAAUCAGAAACAUACCACUAAUCCCUCAAUCUAUUUGAAUAUUAUAGAAUUACAGCGCCUUAACCAAUUAUAUAUUGAUUGCUUCUUAAAUGAUUCAAUCAAAUAUUCCGAUGAUUUGCAUACAACAAUACCGUCAUCUUCAUUGACUACUUCUACUUCUUCACUAACAAGUGAUCAUAAUUCUUCAUCACCAAACUCUACCAUUUCAGCUAAUUCUUCAAUACAAAAUCAAAAUACCAAAAAUAAAAAGUCAAAUUUGAAUGUUAUUAAAUGUUAUAAAUUUAUUAAAGACUUAGAUACACUAUUAAAACAAAAACCAAAAUAUUUACAGAAUGAUAUUUCUUCUAAUGCAUUGGUUAAUUACUUGCAUGAAUACCCAUGGCUGUCAUUUACAAGAUACUUUUUAAAAUGGAAAAAGGAGUACUUAAUUAUACACAUUAUUAGAAAAUAUUUCAUUACAAAUAAUUACACUGCUGACAAAAAAGAUUUUAGUUUUGAAGUUGAUAGAUUAAGCUCAAUUCUACUGGAAAAUUCUCAAAACACAAUCAUGUCUGUCUCAAAUUUUAUAAAUAACCACGAUCUAACUCCAUUUAAUGCUUGGUAUUGUACGUUUUUCUUAUUUAACGCAUUAUUAAUUCCAUUAUCAAGUGUAAUUAGAUUGAAAAAAUCGACAACAAUUAUUCAUAAUUCGAACUCAUCUAAAAAUAUCAAAGCAAUUGAUGAAUUGAGCUUUGUAUCAGGUUACACCAAUCCAAACGAUUUAAAUCAAUAUAUGAACCAAAUUAUAGAAGGCUUAAAUAUUUUGAAGAGAAUCCAAGACUCAAAAAUGGUUAAUUGCGAUAAAUAUAUUCAAGUAAUAAAAUUUUUAGCUGAUCCUUUUAUAAAAGACAUUAAAGUUAUCAGGGAUUCUACCGAUCUCACAAAUUUUAAGCCAAAUUCCUCUAAUUAUUUAAAGAAGGAAAUGAACGAAUUGGAUAUUUCUAAUAUUAAUAUGGAACAUUCUUUUGCCAAUACAAUUCCUACCAACCCUCCAGUUGUUUCUAGAAACAAUGGACACAAUUAUUAUAACCAUUAUAAUUAUAUUACAGAGCAAAAUAAUAAUACCACGCUGGGAGAGAAUUUUGCUAUGGGAAACAGUGGACCCAUAAAUAUUAAUGGUAAAAUUAUUACAACCACUCCAAAUUUUGACUGUAGAAUAAAUAAUUCGCCGAGUAUAGAAACAUCUUCCAGCUUUAGUGAUUUAAUGAAGUUACUGUCAAGCUCGAAUGGAAACUUAACACCUCCACCACAAAUCCAAGCUCAAAUGCAAGCACAUCUUCAACAACAGUCCCAGCUAAAUAAAAAUCCUAAUAUAUCUCAGCAAUAUUCAACAAUAAUAACACAAUUACCUGUUAAAACAGGGUUAACAUCUACUCAAACAGCAUUACCUUCUUCAAUCCCGAAUUCAAACAUUGGACUCUCUCCAAUGUCUCAAUUUUUAUCACAAUCACAAACUAAUUCAAACGCAGUAACGAAUCCCGGAAUGACCAAUUUACCUAAUCAAAAUAUACCUAUCCAAAUAAAACCCAUAGAUAUCCCAUCUCCACAUUUUCCUAAACAAGCUGCUUUCAAUGCAGGUAAUUCUAUCAAUAUUCUGCCAAACUCAAACACUAAUCAUAUUUAUUCGAUCCCAAAUUCUCCAUCAGUCUUAGUUACAAAUGGAACUUCUUCAACUAAUUUUGUUAGUACAACUUCUACAGCGACAAACACAGCCGAAACAGAAGGCAUUAUAAAUGUUAACACAGCUAAACAAAAUACAGAUAAUCAAAAUACCGAACCCUCUAAGGCAAUCUUACCUAUUUGGGCUGAUCAGACUGCAUAUAGUACAUUUGGAAUUGCCCCAACAAUGUUUAAUACUACUACAAUGGAUGAUGUUUAUAAUUAUUUAUUUGAUGAUCAAGAGACUCCACCUAAUGCUAACAAUGCAGCUAAUCUUACAUCAACUUAUACGUCUCCCAAAAUUGCUCAGCCUAACACACCAGAGCAAGAGACCACGGAACCAGAUAAAUAA